AUGGUCAACUUUCAUUUACUGGUUGCCAUGGAGAGUGCUCAAUUUUUAGGAGUUGAACUGGGGCCCAUGCAACUACAUGCUCCAUUUUUAGGUCCACCUCAACCCCUUCCCCAACCCCCGCCAGCCUUUUUAACAAUGGUCAAUUAUCCCAAUCCGCCGAAAUCUCCGAAGUUACUUCCACAGCAAUCCCUUCCACCAAUUCCUAAACCGGAUCCUCCGCCUGCCCCAGUUUGUAGUCGAUGCGCGGAAGAAGUACACGAGAAGACGCUCCUUCUCGUGUUGGAUCAAUAUUGGCACGCGAAGUGUCUCUACUGUCCAGACUGCGGCGUCUCCCUGGUGAAUAAGUGUUUCUAUCGCGAAGGGGAAGUUUACUGUCGAGAGGACUUUUUCAAACGAUUUGGAACAAAAUGUGCUAGUUGUGAAGAGGGUAUUCCACCAAAUGAGAUGGUUCGCAAAGCCCACAACAAUGUCUACCAUCUGGAAUGCUUCGUCUGUCAUGUCUGUGCUAGAUCCCUAAAUACCGGUGAUGAAUUUUAUCUACUAGCUGAUCGACGACUGAUGUGCAAAGCCGAUUUUACUAUGAUCAAAGCUCAGGAAGUUGAAAUGGAAAACGUAAACAAGCGUCCGAGGACAACAAUCAACGCCAAACAACUGGAAGCUCUCAAGAAGGCUUACGCUGAGGGUGCCAAACCGUCAAGACAUGUUCGAGAACAGCUCAGUACUGAAACAGGCCUCGAUAUGCGUGUGGUUCAAGUGUGGUUCCAAAAUCGAAGAGCCAAAGAAAAGCGCCUACGGAGGGACGCCUCUCGUCAAAAUAACUGGCAGAAUGAUGGAGAUGCAAAAGUGCUCCAAAGCGAUGAUAUUGAUGAAGAUGAGCUUGAUGAAGACAACGAAGUCGAACUAUCAUCUGUGACUUCAAAGGCCAAAACCUCAGUGAUGUAUGUCCACUCGCAAAUCCAUGAUAUCUCCUUUCUAACAAACAGCAGUAGUGUCGAUAGUGGUGCGGAGAGUGAAGGUGAAAUGUCAAGCCCUUCUCUACCACAUGGUAAUUUUGAUUUCUUUGAUUUGUCUUCGCUUGAAGUUCCUUUAUUUGCAUUGAAUCAAUCUAAUCAAAUAUUUUUUGUGCGAAUGAAUGCCCAACUUCUGAUGAAGCCUGUCUAUUUUACUAAUUUUUAA